CCUAUAUUUUACCAAAUAAAUAUCACAGAAUCCUACUAUUUUGUAUCGAAGUUUUCUACUGCAGUGUAAUUUUUACUCUUCUGUAUAGAGAUAGUGAUUUUUGGGUGUUUUUCUGUAUAUUUGUAGUAUACAAUCCCAAUAUUAGUUUAUACGUAUCUCUGGUUUGAUGUGUACAUAGAAGUGAUACGAAAAUCUUCCUACUAGUUAGAUCCCGUUGCGACUGUCAUGGCGCCCGUGAAGUUUGGUCUCUUCAAAGCACGGAGCCGUGAGCAAGAGCAGCCCUCGACUGAGAAUCUCCUUCACAACUCGGAGCAUGAUAUGGCACCAAGCUCACCCAUUCCCUCCACAAGCUAUGGCACCGGCGAGGAGCUGUCUCCAGCAGAUAUAUCAGCCCUCAAUAUCGACAGUGAUGAUGACGACAUUUACUCGGACCACUCUUCUCCAAUUCGACGAGGGAGUGAUUUUAGCCAAAUUGAAGAUGCCAAUAUGAACUACCACCCGCUAAAGAGCGCAGCGUCAAUGGACGCGACCUGCUCCUCACACCUGGACGACGAUUAUUUCGAUCAGCUCCAGCUUUACGCCGACCUGGAAUCCACCUUAGCCCUAGAACAAGACCUGGACAACGCUUCCACGUCGUACGACGUGAAUUCCCUGCAGUUUGAUGACACGUCGCUGACUGCUAGCGAGGACCUAUCAGUUUAUUGUGGAACCCUGAAGAAGCCGAAGAGAAAUAAGUAUAAGGAGAAGCUGCUACGCGAUCAGGAUAUGUGGCAGGCUACCAACGUCGAGGUUAUGGAGAACCUCCUCAGCAGAAGCGGGACCGUGGACGAGCAGAUUAAAUGGGAGGCCAUUGCCACAGCACGGGGCCUUUGCACGCUGACCGACAGCUGUGCUUGUGGGGACUGCACUAGGGCCAAGUACCUCGCCGGGGUCACCGACGGCGAUGGAGGGUUGGGGGCGGCGCCACUUUUCAGCGCUAUCAGCGUGGGAUGCAGUGUGCAGUGAGCGAAGACUGAUGCUUGUUGAUGUUGACUGUUUGUUUUUUCAUUUCUGGAAAGAAUAUUAGACCCCGCAGCUGCAUUGCCAUAAUCUAUGGGGGGUCUCCUUUUGACAGUUUUAAAAAGUACGUCAAUUGAUUGGUGAUGUCAAAUAGUCUAAAGCCCGGUCUGUUAGCACGUAGA